AUGUCUCCUGGCUCAUUUAAUGGGUACCCCACCUACGCUUACGAUUUUCCCAAAUUAUUUCGUCAAGCCAUUAGAAUACUAUGGAAUCAUGCAUCGUAUCUCAUCAUAGUCCUUUGGAAGCCAAAGAACCUUGUUCUUGAUGGGAAUAAUAAUUUACAAGAAGUGGAGAGAGCUUCAGGAACGAAUUCAUUGCAACCGAAUUGGCAGGCAAGAUCAUUGGGAAUACCUAGAACAUACUUGUCAGCAAAUUCUGGUGCAAGAAUUGGAUUAUCAGAAAAUACAUAUAAGCAAUUAUAUCAAAAUGGAAGGAAAUUCGUUAUCGCGGAAGAAAUUGUUGAGGAAGGAGAAUCACGACAUAAAUCACCGAUAUUAUUGGAUCAAAAGAUAGGCUUGGUUAUUGGAGCUUGCUUAGUAAGGUUGGGACAGCGUACGAUUCAAAAUGAGGGUCGACUCAUAAUGUUAACCGGAGCACCAGCAUUGAAUAAUGAGUUGGGACAAGAAGUUUAUACAGGUGAUCUUGAAGGCACGCAAAUUAUGCUUAAGAAUGGAGUUUCACAUCUGACUGCACAAAAUGAUUUGGAGGCAAUUCAAUUUGCAGAUUUACAUGAUACACCAGGAAGAAUGAAAUCCAAAGAAACGAUAAGAAAAUCGAUAGAAUGGAAGGAAUCUAGAAGAUUCCUUUAUUGGCGUGUUCGAAGAAGAUUACAUGAAGAGUUCAUGUUUAGAGAUUUGAUCAAGGCAAAUGAUAAAUUGACUAGAAACGUAAUGAAACAAUACUUAAUAAAUUGGUUUAAAAAGGAUAAUAAUAUUGAAAGCAAUAAGAAGGAAUUUGAUUGA